AUGGAGGCGACUCACGAAGUUAUCUGUGGCCUCGAUGCACCGUGUCAUGCCUUUUCUGCCAAGCAGUCUUCGGCUGCCCCAACUUGGACGCCUAAGAAUGGUAGGCAGAAGAAGAAGACUUCAGGGGCAUCGCUGAGCGGCGUCGAUGUGGCCAAAGAGGUGGACUUCCCCAGCUGGUACCAGCAAGUGCUUCUGAAAGGAGAGAUGAUUGAUUAUUAUGAUAUCUCCGGUUGUUAUAUCUUGCGCCCCGGCUCUUGGGAGAUCUGGGAGAUACUGCACGAAUGGUUCAACCGCGAGAUUCGAAAGAUGGGAGUUCGGAACUGCAGCUUUCCUCUUUUCGUGACGGAGGAUAUGUUGAACAAGGAACAGAAUCACAUUGACGGGUUUUCUGCGGAGGUGGCCUGGGUCACUCAAUCCGGUAGUAGCAAGCUCGACAAGAAGAUCGCAAUUCGCCCGACAUCCGAGACUAUCAUUUAUCCCUACCUGGCCAGCUGGAUCAAGAGCUGGCGUGAGCUGCCCCUUCGCUUGAAUCAAUGGAACUCCGUGGUGCGGUGGGAGUUCAAGAAUCCCCAGCCAUUCUUGCGAUCACGGGAGUUCUACUGGCAGGAGGGUCACACUUCUCACCUUAGCUGCCAGGGUGCCGAUCAGGAGGUGCUCCAGAUUCUCGAUCUCUACAGUUGCCUUUACCACGACUUCCUCGCUAUCCCCGUUGUGCCCGGUCGCAAAACGGAGAAAGAGAAAUUUGCUGGUGCGGACUACACAACCACGGUGGAAGCGUAUAUUCCUGCUACCGGCCGCGCAAUACAGGGGGCUACAUCUCAUGGCCUUGGUCAGAAUUUUAGCAAAAUGUUCAAUAUCACGGUUGAGGCUCCGUGUGAAGGCCAGUCGGAAGAACGGACCAAAAAGACAUUCCUCUGGCAGAAUUCCUGGGCUUAUUCCACUCGAGUUCUCGGAGUCAUGGUCAUGGUCCACGGUGAUGACAAGGGGUUGGUCAUCCCCCCGCGUGUUGCUCCUGCUCAAGUCAUCUUGGUGCCGGUCGGUAUAACGGCCAGCACGACCGAAGAUGUUAAGCAGAGUCUCGUUGAGGCCAUGGCUGAUACUCGGGAAACACUGCAAGAUGCAGAUAUCCGUGUCGAGAGCGACCUGCGAGAAGAAUAUUCGCCUGGCUGGAAGUUCAAUCAUUGGGAACUGAAGGGUGUUCCCCUUCGACUUGAAAUCGGCCCAAAAGAACUUCAGACCGGAUGCGCAUCUUAUGCACGACGUGACAACGGCGAUAAGGGGUCAAUUUCCUUUGCCAGUCUCGCUGCCCAAGUGGCAGAGCAGCUUGCAUCCAUUCAGUCCGACAUGUACACACGCGCGCUCGAAAAAUUCCGCGACAAUCUCAAGAUAAUCACCAACUGGGCCGAUUUCACACCCGCGAUCAAUUGUAAGCACUUGUGUCUUGUCCCAUUUUGUCUGAAGGAAGACUGUGAGGACAAAAUCAAAAAGAUGAGCGAGGGCACUUUGGAUCCCGGCUCCGAACAUGAUGCAAGGGCCCCCAGUAUGGGAGCAAAGAGCUUGUGUAUCCCCUUUCAACAACCAAGCGACUUGAAGGGUACAAAUACUGCAUGUCUGAGAGAGGGUUGUGAGCGAAUGGCAGAAAAAUGGUGCAUGUUUGGAAGGUCCUACUAA